GGGGCGGUGGCUGCGCGCGUGCGCGGAAGAGAGCUGAGGGGCGGGCGCGCCGCUGCGGGCCUGGCUUAAGCGAUUUUAGGCAAGAUGCAGGACCCCAAUGCAGACACUGAGUGGAAUGACAUCUUACGCCAAAAAGGCAUCUUGCCCUCAAAGGAAAGUUUGAAAGACUUGGAAAAGGAGGCAGAAGAGGAGGAACAGCGAAUCCUUCAGCAGUCAAUUGUGAAAACGUAUGAAGAUAUGACUUUGGAAGAGCUGGAGGAAAACGAAGACGAAUUUAAUGAGGAAGAUGAACGUGCUAUUGAAAUGUACAGGCAGCAAAGACUGGCUGAGUGGAAAGCAACUCAACUAAAGAAUAAAUUUGGAGAAGUUUUGGAGAUCUCAGGAAAGGAUUAUGUUCAAGAAGUUACUAAAGCCGGUGAGGGCUUGUGGGUUAUCUUGCACCUUUACAAACAAGGAAUUCCUCUCUGUGCCCUCAUAAAUCAGCACUUCCGUGGACUUGCCAAGAAGUUUCCUGAUGUCAAAUUUAUCAAAGCCAUUUCAACAACCUGCAUACCCAAUUAUCCUGAUAGGAAUCUGCCUACGAUAUUUGUUUACCUUGAAGGAGAUAUCAAGGCUCAAUUUAUUGGACCUCUGGUGUUUGGUGGCAUGAACCUGACAAUAGAUGAGUUGGAGUGGAAAUUGUCAGAGUCUGGAGCAAUAAAGACGGAUCUGGAGGAAAAUCCUAAGAAACCAAUUGAAGACACUUUGCUAUCCUCAGUGCGGUGCUCUAUCCCCGCAAGAAGGGACAGUGAUUCUGAGGAUGACUAAGGCUAUGGCCUCGGUAAUGUGCCAUACUUCCUUGAUGUGACAAAUCAUCUGGAUUUUUUAAAAAGGAUAAAGUAGAAAUGUCUUUUGGCUUUUAGCCUUUUAUAAUUAUGUUUCAAAUCUCAUAGAACUCAGAAAUCCUUACUGGGAAUCCUAUUACGGUUCUUGGAACUUUUUAAAUUAAUGACAUUUCCUUAAAAAAAUAAAAACCAGCUGUUGGUAUGA